AUGGGAAGAGCUCCAUGUUGUGAUAAGGCAAGUGUGAAGAAAGGGCCAUGGUCACCUGAAGAAGAUGCACAGCUGAAGGAGUAUAUAGAGAAGCAUGGAACUGGAGGGAAUUGGAUUGCUCUCCCACCAAAAGCUGGCCUAAGAAGAUGUGGAAAAAGCUGCAGAUUAAGAUGGCUAAACUAUCUUAGGCCCAACAUUAAACAUGGAGAAUUCUCACAGGACGAAGACAGAAUAAUCUGUAGCCUCUUCGCUAACAUUGGAAGCAGGUGGUCAAUAAUAGCAGCUCAGCUACCAGGGAGAACUGACAAUGAUAUCAAGAACUACUGGAACACCAAGCUCAAGAAGAAACUCAUUGGGAUGGCCCCUUUCCCUUCCUUUCAGAAAAGGACUCAUCGGGCUACAAAUUACCCAUCUGUAUCACUUUUUCAGACUUCAAAAUCAUCAUCAGCAUACUCAUCUCCAUCACCAGCUCUACCAUCAACUUCAUCAGCAUACAAUUGCAGCAACUACAAUGAUCUAAAUACCCCAGCUAGGUCUUUGACAGGCUAUGAAAUUAUGUCAAUCCCUUCAAGUCUUUCGAUCAGCACAAGUGCUUCAAAUUCUACAGUUCUCCAAGCCCAAGAUGGGUUUGUGAAGGACAGCCUCCUCGUGUUUGGAGCUGAAGCUAGUUGCAGUUCUUCUGAUGGAAGUUGUAACAAUCUCAUCAGCCAAAGCAAAGAGUUAGAGUGUCACGAGUUUCGGGUUUCUAAUGGUGAACUCAUGGGUUUGCAGAGUUCUCUCUACAGUGGUAUUGAUCAAAACCAGAAGUUCCUCUCUAAUGUUGUUGGUGUUAAUGGAUUUACUGAUGAGAAGCCAAAUGGUGUUUAUGGUGAAACCCCAUUGGACUAUAGUCUUGAGGAGAUUAAGCAGCUAAUUAGCACUAAUAUCUGUAACAACUUGAACUUUUUUGUUGAUGAAAACAAGGAAGAGGAAAAGUUCUUGUACUACUGAUGCUGACUGUUGUUGGUACAUUCAGAAGAUUUGAAGGCUAAAAGGUGUGGAUGGGUACUUGAAGAUUCACAAAUCUACUCAGUUUGUAGGGAUGUGGAUUGUGCUUUUGGGUGGAAACAGUUUUUUAACAGUACAAGAUAAAAUUUUUAUCUUUUUGUGCAUUUUUUGUUUUUAAUCAGGAUCUUUUUUUGCAUUUAAUUUUGGGA